AAUGCGAACAGUUAUGCAAUAGCUUUCACCUUAUCGAUCAUUUGGGAUGUGUAGUCAUGCGGUUCAACUUUGCCAGUGUUAACGCAAAGGAGAAGACUACACAUCCCAACAGACGGAGCGGCUCGCUGCUUCACUAGUUACACACUGAAUGUAGUUCGCUGCACUUGGAAGAAAAAUCCGUUCAUGAUUCACUUCAUUAAUAAAUAAAUAGUUCGGUGUCAUGGCGGAAUCUGCAGCUUGUCCUGCUUUCCAGCUCGGGAGACCUCGAUACGAGCAGGGUUCAUUCCUCGGUCGACUGAGACACUUUGUGGACAUCAUUGAUCCCAGCACCCUGUUUGUGUCUGAGAAAAAAUUGAAAGAAUGCAUUAAACUACUUGAUGACUAUAAACAUGGAGAGCUUCCUCCUGGAGUGUCUGAUCUUCAGCUGUGGGAAGCCCAGAAGAUCAAGCAGGCCAUCAUUCAUCCUGACACAGGAGAGAAGAUCUUCAUGCCAUUUCGAAUGUCAGGUUAUGUCCCAUUUGGAACACCGAUUGUCAUUGGCCUUCUUCUCCCAAAUCAGACUGUGGUGUCUACCAUUAUAUGGCAGUGGCUGAACCAGAGUCACAAUGCCUGUGUCAACUACGCCAACCGUAAUGCCACAAAGCCUACGCCAACAUCAAAGUUUCUUCAAGGCUACGUGGGAGCUGUGACCAGCGCUGUUUCUAUUGCAGUGGGACUGAAUGUCCUGAUUCAGAAGGCCAACAAGCUGAGUCCUGCCACCAGAAUGAUAAUUCAGAGACUGGUCCCCUUCCCAGCUGUCGCCAGUGCAAACAUCUGUAACGUGGGCCUGAUGAGACACAAUGAGCUCUCUGAGGGAAUCGAUGUUCUGGACAACAACGGGAAUGUGGUGGGAUCCUCCAAAAUUGCUGCGAGACAUGCGAUCAUGGAGACCGCCUUCACACGUGUGGUCCUCCCGAUGCCGAUCUUCGUCCUGCCCCCCAUCAUCAUGUCCUACCUGGAGAGGCUGCGAUUCCUGCAGAGCAACCGCAGAUUGUUGCUGCCCAUCCACAGCCUGGUGUGCCUGGUUACCUUCGGCCUCUCGCUGCCCGUAGCCAUCAGCCUGUUCCCCCAGAUGUCUCAGAUUGAGGUGUCUCGCCUAGAGCCUGAAAUCACCAUGGCAACAGAUUGCAAGGUGGUGACCUACAACAAGGGUUUAUGAUGGAUGGCUUGGUGAGGGAGCGGGGAGCAGAGGACAGAGGAGCGAGGAUAGAAAUGAGGCUGCGUUGUGAAUAGCUGUCGGGGAGAACCUACAGUGGGGUUCCUCCUGUCGACAGGUUUGGGAGUCGUCCUGCUGCAGUGUCACAGCGUAGUCUGUAGACCGUCACGUACUAACACAGGGUUUUUUUCUAUGGUUCUCAAGAUCCCAGCAAUUAUUGAGUCGAGAUCUGAGGAUGGGACAGAUUUUAUUCUGUCCUCUCUGUUUUCUGUACAUAGAAAUUAUAUAUUUACUGUGUUUUUUUAGUAUUAAUGAAAUAAUUUUAAUAUAUAUACAAAACAGUGUUUGCCACACACUGGCUAAGUUAUGGCUGCUUUUUCACACGAUGAAAAAGGGUUUAUAAAUACAGUUUAAACUAAAUAACUGAACUUUUUCUGGCUCUUUAGCCGCUGAAUACUUCACUGUGUUCAGCAGCUGGUUGCUAACUGUGUCUGUCUUGAUCAGGUAGUGCACGGUAGUUUUUUAGAGCUUUUUCACUGGCAAAAAAAACCUCUCUAAAGAGACACCCCUUCGAAAUGAUAUCACUCGAUUGAAUGAUUGUUAUCAGUGGUUAUCAGCCUUAUAGAUAUAAGUUGGAGGGAGCUGCUACACCUACUAGUAGGUAUGUAGGCUCAGAAGGCCAUCAUCAGCAGUGUUGGGGAGUAACUAGUUAAAUCUAAUUAAAUUACAAAAUAAAUAUAAAUGUAAUCAGUUACAGUUGCUGAGAAAAACUAUGUGAGUCAAAUACAGUUACUAAUUGUUAUCAGCCCAUUAAAUGGUCGUUAUCAGUUGUCAUCUGGAGCAGUUUUGUUAGGUUUCGCUUUCAUUAGAUUUAAUGGAGCAAUGCCUGCGAGCUUGUUCAGGCAGUCAGCUGAUGCACUGAUUCAUACACACACGUCAUACAUCACUCUCCAUAUGUCAUCUACAAACACACCCUCCCAAUUUGGCGGGCUGUUUAAGCUGAAAAAUCUUCCCAGCUCUCCCUUUGCACUGCCUAUGCCGCUGCUGCUCUACAACAGUACUGGUGCUUGCUCUUUCAGCCCCACCUCCACCCCAGCAUCCACCUGCAGGCUCUGGCUAAGGGGGGGAUAUUUAAUAAUCACUCUCUAAUAUCUCAUGUAAGCAUAUCUGCCAGGAGUGAUAAGGCUGGAGUCUAGACACCAAACUCUAACUAUGUUCUGCUGUUGAAAUGAACAUUUAAAACGUGAGUUGUCUGACAGAACUAAGGUUGUGGUUAGGUUUAGAAAACAAUUAUGGUUUGGGUGAAAAUAAGUAUGUUUGUAAUGUGACAUGACAUGAUGAAUUUACAAAGGUCUGUUGAAAUAAGUUAAUGAGACACAAACAGCGGCCUCCUGGGUGAAAGUCCUGUGUUUGUUUGACUGACCCAUCCGUCUUAUGCAACCUCCUCCCAACAGAGACUUUAGCACUAUUCAGACGGGAUUAGUUUUACAUGGGCACGUGGGCUAAUGUCACUUUACCACAGGACGUCGGUAAUAUUAAUGGCCAGUUCACACGGAAUAAGAAAUAUCAGUAAAACUACCACAAGUGGGAGGGGUAAAUCCAUUCACGCGCCGCUGUCCCCUCCUGUCGUCAUGUGCGUAUGACGUCGCUUCCUGUGCGUACCACACUCCUUCCAGGCAAAACAUUAUUAUUAUUAUGAAUUGAUUAGCCUACUGGUUGAUUUUAUUGUCAUUUUUUUAUUAGCCACAUAGCCCUGCUGCAUUGCAUACUUAACUUACCUAAAGCAAUCAGAAGUCCCGUGCCUCGGACAAGUGCUUGCGACCUUCUUUUGGUUUUGAAUCGUGUUCGUCGUAGGCCCACAGUACCUGAGGUUUCACAUGGACUUGUCCGACUGUGAAGUGCAAAACUGAAUGCCUCUUCAAGAGCCUCCAUGCCUGAAAGUCCGCGAAAAACCACUUGUCAACAGGAUAUGACGAAAUAUCUACACACAUAUUUACUGCUGGUCUAUUCGCACGGGAUUAGUAUUACCUGAGGUAAUUUUCCGGGACCCUUGUACAGAAGGUAAAAGUCGCGAUAAUCUUUACUGACAUCGUGCGGUAAUAAUUACUGACACGGCACAUUGGGACAGGACUAAAAUCUCUGGUAAUUAUUACUUUAUCCCACGUCCCUAUGUAAAACUAAUCCCGUCCGAAUAGGGCUUUUGUCACUCUUAAUACUGCAACAACUGACUUUCUCCCUCACUCCUGCAAUAAUUAGUACGGCCACUAGAGGUCAUAGCCCAACAAAAAACAUUUAUGGGGCUGAUAACAGUUUUUAGCAAUAACCAGAUUCGGGAUGCCAAGAAGGUGCCUAUUUAUUCCAACGGAGUUGCUUGCCUGGCGCGUACGCCAAAAAUGUUUUCUAGCUUCAAGGUUUACUUUUACAGUAUGCAGCCCACUGAAUAUGCACAGUGGUGUUCCUCCUGCUGGCCCUGCCUAUGAGUUCAUUCUCGGCUCAUAGACUUUACAUUAUGAUGAUGUGACCGAUUUGUAAAUUGCUUUUCUCGGCUUGAGGAAAGUUUUACAAACAUAAAACCACCAUAACUCAAAGAUUUAGAAUAGAAAGAGUCAUAAUAGACCUUGUUUGCAGUUCAAAGCGUCCUGUCACCAUUCUCACAGACAUCCCUUUUACAGUGGUGGUCUGGGGGGGAAAUGAUUUUAAGGCCUGGGGGAUUUUUUCGCUGCAAUUGCAUGGGUGGCCACUGAGAAAAUGGCUUUCCUGUGGUCCUGGCUGAUAACCAGUGUUGAUAAGGUUACUUUUAAAAUGUAAUAGGUUACAGAUUACUAGCUCCCCUUGUAAAAACGUAAUAAGUAAUGUAACUCAUUACUUGUGACUACUUUGAUUACUUUUCUAACAAAUGAUUUAAACUGGGCAAUGAUGCUGAAAAAUGUCGGUAGAUGGUCUGUGUUGAAAGAAGGUGUUCCUGCACAGCAAAAAAGGCAAUGCAACAGAUGAGUAUUUGACUUAUAAGCUUUUUACAGAAAAAAUAUAUUCAAAUGUAAUAUCUUUGCAAUCACAACCAUUUUGAUAAGUAACUGAAUAUUAAUCACAUAUUUUUUCUCAGUAACUGUAACUGAUUACAAUUACCUUUAUUUUGUAAUUUAAUUGCAUGUAACUCCAUUACAUGUAACAAGUUACUCCCCAACACUGCUAAUGACAGAUCUCUGAACCUACUAGUAGGUGCAGUAGGCCCAUUCUAUACAAGGCUGCUAACAACUGAUAACACCCAUUCAAUGGAGUGAUACCAUUCAAAGCGGGUGGAUGAAAGCUGUGAGAAUAAAGAACAGAACUGACUGUGGUACUAAACAGAAUCAGGUUAGUCACUGUGAGUUAAUAAUCUAACAUUAGAUUUAUAUUUAUUUUAACUCAGUAUAUCUUAACUCAUAAAAAUUAAGUUGUAUCUACCUGUGUCUCCUUAUCACCAUUUUUUAAAAUAUAUAUAAAUGGUAACUCUAAGAUUAGAACCAUUGUUUUAAAUCUGCAAUUCUGCAGCUCUUUCUGAUUUUGGGGCAUUUUUUUAGUCCAAUACUGGAUUUUUGAGGCUGGUAACAGGUUAUAAUAUACAAGCCAAUAUUAAUUUUCUUACAUAAACCCAUUAAAUACUAAAACAUGUCUGACAAGGAUCUUUUAGAUUCGGUAUAUAAAGAAUUCUGACCAAGAUACAGUUUGUACUGAGCCAUUUUACAGUCGAACAAAAGCCUCAUCAGUGCCCUCUGCUGGACAGACUAAAGAGCAAAGAAUGCAUGUCUGUGAAUUAUAUUUUCUGUGCUGCAAAAUCCUGUCAGAAUAUGCUGAUCCUGAUACAUCUGCGAUAAGAUAAUGUUGGCUGAUAUUUCGGCACAGUCCAUUAUCGAUCGGGCUCUAUUAUCAGUGGGAGACACGGCAAUAAAUAUCAAAAUACUGUACAAGUUUUAAAAAUUUCCAGAGAACAAGUCUGUUUAUCAUGUCGUCCAAACUGGUGCUGAUUGUUCUGAGUAAUGAGGAGCAGUGCUGAUGAGGGAAUUGAUCACUAUACAUUAAUAAUAUUGCAGAUGUGAAGCCUCUCUGUCGGUGGCUGUGUGUGUCUGAGGGGAAAUAUGGAGACUGUACUGUAGAUGUUUAUUAAUUUUCACACUGUUUAUCACAUGUCGGGUGUUUUAAACCUGAUAAUGUGAAACAACAUACAGAACUCUGCUGUCUGCACAUUUUAUUUUCCACAGUCGCCAAACACUGUACACUGACGUCCUCUCUGAACUUGUAGGAAGGACAUUUGACUCCACUGCUGACUGUUUCUUAAACACUACUGUAUUCAUUCCUAAUGACGUCUUUUGUACAAUAUUUGAACCAUGAAAGUAUAAGCUAUAUAUUAUACUACUGAUGAUGAACUAGUAUUUUUAAUUCUUUGUAUACUACUUCUACGAGUUUAUUAAAUGUUUGCUAGUCAAACAAUGUAAAAGUAUCUAUAUUAUCUAAAAAAUAUAUAAUGAAUAAUAAAUACUCCUUUCUCUCUUU